AUGCAGCGCACACUCGCAGCACGGCUGCUGCUACUCACCGCAUCCCUCAUCUCCACCGCCACCGCCGUCCAGCAGCCCUUCGACGCUACACCGCGCAUCACCUUUACCUCGGCCGCCGAGUCGCAUGGCGUCGCCGACUUUACCGGUCAGCAGGUGGUGCGCUUCACCACCGCCUCGCAUGCACAACACCAGGCGCUGCUCCAACACGCACAUGUGCUCGGCCUCGACGUGUGGGCUGCGCAUCGUGGCAGCGCUUGCUCGACGUCGCCAGAUGCGCACGUGUAUGGAUGUGUCGAUGUGCGUCUGGCGAGCGAGGACGGCGCGGAGCGAGAUUGGAUGGCGCAGCUCAUGCAGCCGUUCCCGCAGCACAAGAGACCACAUGCACAGACGAUGAUCGAGGAUGUACAGCAGCUUGUGGCGGCGCAGCGCAGCGCGGUGGACGAGGAGGAGGAGGAGGAGGUAGAGGCGAUGCGCGAGGACAAGUGGCAUCGCGACUAUCACACCUUUGACGAGAUCACCGCGUAUAUGCGCAUGCUCGAGCACAGCUAUCCCACGCAUGCACAGCUCGUACAGCUGGGAACAACGCAUGAGGGCAGACCCAUCCUCGGGCUCAAGAUCUCCGACGACCUCCCCGUGCCCACUCCCGACCCCCAGCCGGAGCCGCAACCGGAUCCGCCUGCCAAUACCACGGCAUCUGCGCGCGGAAAGCUGGGUAUCGUGGUAACGGGCGGCCAGCACGCCCGCGAGUGGGUCUCGACCUCGAGCGCGCUCUACUUUGCGUCGGAUCUGCUGGCUGCGGCGCUGGGCGUACCGUCCAACUCUUCUUCGCCUGUAGAGGCGGCGCGUCGGGGCAAGAAGCGCGCGCGCAAGGUGUGGAGCAAGAAGCAGGCGCGCCUCAUGCUAUCCUCGUUCAGCAUCACGGUGGUGCCCGUGUCGAACCCGGACGGCUAUGUGUACUCGUGGGACAAGAACCGGAUGUGGCGCAAGAACCGGCAGCCGAACCACUUCCCCUCGGGCCUCUUCUGCAAAGGUGUCGACGUCAACCGCAACUACGACUACGGCUUCGCCUCCUCCUCCAACGCCUGCUCCGAGAUGUAUUCGGGUAGUGCGCCGUUUACGUCGGCCGAGGCACGGGCGAUUGCGACGUACGUCGAGGAUGCGCGCAAUGGUGUGGUGGGCUUUUUCGAUCUGCACAGCUACGGGCAGCUGAUGAUGUAUCCUUUCAGCAGCGAUUGUGCGCUGCAGCCGGCGGACGAGGAGGACCUGCUCGAGGCGAGUCUGGGCGCGAUCAAGGCAGUCAAGGCGGUGGAUGGCAAGGCGUUUACCGCCGGAAAGAUCUGUGAGGUCUAUGCGGUCGCCGGCGGAAAUGCGGUCGAUUGGGCCUACGCUGCAUCCAAGGACACACAGGGCCAACAGAAGGCAAAAGUAAAGUGGUCCUUCAGCAUCGAGCUUAGAGAUGGCGGAACCUAUGGGUUUUUGCUGCCAAAGAAGCAGAUUGUCCCGGCGGCAAAGGAGGCUAGCGCCGCCCUGGCAUACAUCCUCAGCUUCAUCCAGAAAAAGUCGUUCUAG